CACGUCAGUAUCUGUUGACGUGGCGUCUCUAAACAAACGCACCGUGUACAAGGGGAGAAGAGAAAAGAAGUGGUUUCGAUGUCUGUUGAAGAAUGGCGUAGAACAAGGAGUGAACCUUUCAUGUUUUCUGAGUGAAAAAUGACUGGGAAAAACCAGCACAAUGGUUUCCAGUCAGCCUCUACUGUGCAGCCCACCUUCGGAGGGCACGCAUACAUCUUUGGGAAUGGUUCAGAGACGGAGUGUUCGGAGGAAGACGGGGAGAACUACGAACUGCGUUCCCGAGCACGAGACCGGAUGCGUCGGAGCACCUCAAGAGACAGACUUGACGACAUAGUCUACCUGGUCAGGGACAUCAAAGAUGGAGACACUCUCAACAGCAUCUCACUCCAGUAUUUUUGCUCGGUGGCAGAUAUCAAAAGGGCCAACAAUCUUCUCACAGAACAGGACUUUUUUGCGUUGAGGUCUAUAAAGAUCCCAGUAAAAAGGUUCAGUGUUCUGACGGAGACCCACAACACCACUCCUCACAAGUCCGCCUCCCCAGGAACGACCCGUCGCCUGGUGGAAUUUGCGGCAUCCACCAGCGAGGCGGCGGCGGUGGACUCGGCGUCCUCCUCCUCCACGGACAGCGUGGGCAACUUCCUCCAGGAGAAGGACAAGGACAUCGAGCUGCUAGUCAAAUCCACAGGAUCCUCCAGGAACAGCCUGAAUGAGGUGGUGUCCUCCCUCAGUCCCCAGCAGCCACUGCUGGGAGACCCCGAGCGCCGAGCGCCCCUGAAGAAGGACCCUUACUACGGGGCGGACUGGGGCAUGCGCUGGUGGACAGCGGUGGCCAUCAUGCUGGUGGUGGGAAUCAUCACGCCUGUGUUCUACCUGCUGUACUACGAGGUUCUGAUGAAAGCUGACGUUAGCCAUCAUAACGCUACGAACCAACACGUGACCCCAGUCAUGAAUGAACUGCACAAGACUGUGAACACUAAAGGGAGUGCGGUUGGAGAAACAGGACACAAGGAUCUUCCUCAACGGGACUCGCAGGCACAACCACCCCUUGAAAUGAAACGCAACCAGGACCAUAAGAGAGGAGACACAUAGUGAGGGAGAGAGACAGGCGCUAAUAGGGACCAGAGGCAUUUCUGCAUCUGGAGUUGUAACCACUUUCGUUGAUGAGAAAUAGCAGAUGAGCUACAUUCAGUCAUUGACUCUAUGGGCUUUUUCUGCACAGUGGAAACAAGUAUGUCAUUUUCAAAGAGUGAGCUCAUGUGUAGCUGCUUAAGUCACUUCUAUGGUUUUCCUUAGGGGUACAUGAUGGUUGUUUCUUAUUUUCAGAAACCAUGUGUAUGAGCAGAGAGAGUGUUACCACUGUCUAAACGUCAGGGAUGUACUUUAAAUAAAGCAUAAUUUAUUGGAGAAAAAUGUUCCAAAAUCAGUAUUGUUGCAUAGGUUGAGUAAUUAUUAACCUUGCCUUCAAACUAUUGCUUGCCAUAGGAUUUUUUUUUUCUUCUGAAUAAUUAAAUGCACAAUAUUAUUUUUGGCUGUGUUUUAAAAAAUGUUUCAAUUGACAGUACAAGGAUUUGUGUUUUCCUUCUUGUAAAACAAAAAUGAUGAAAACAAAAGUGUUAGCAUCAGUAUGUGCCUUCUUCCUGUGGUCUUACUCAAGUACAGGUUGAAAAUAGUCAUUAUUUUAAUUAUGAAGUCAA